GACAGACGCAAAACGAGCCCCUGCUAAUAUCCUCGUCCUUCGAGAGGAGAGAGGAAGAUUCCGUCAGGAAGGGAGAGAGCGUUUGAUUUCAGACGCGCUCUUGACCAUUUCAUCAGAGAUCAGAUCAGAUCAGAUCAGAUAGAUUUCUGAGAGAGAGAAGGGGAAGAGAACAGAUGGCAGCGAGGAGACCGGACGAGGAAUACGAUUACUUGUUCAAGGUCGUAUUAAUCGGCGAUUCGGGCGUCGGCAAAUCCAAUCUCCUCUCGCGAUUUACCAGGAACGAGUUCUGCCUCGAGUCCAAAUCAACCAUAGGCGUUGAAUUCGCUACCCGAACCCUUCAGGUUGAGGGAAAAACGAUAAAAGCACAGAUAUGGGACACUGCAGGCCAGGAGCGAUACAGAGCGAUAACCAGUGCCUAUUAUAGGGGUGCACUCGGAGCUCUCCUAGUCUACGAUGUCACGAAACCAACGACAUUCGAGAAUGUUAGCCGGUGGCUGAAGGAGCUGCGGGACCAUGCCGACUCCAACAUUGUGAUCAUGCUUAUUGGAAAUAAGACUGAUCUGAAGCACCUACGUGCCGUCGCCACAGAGGACGCACAGGGUUUCUCUGAGAAGGAAGGAUUAUCAUUCAUUGAGACCUCUGCACUCGAAGCAGUCAACGUUGAAAAGGCUUUCCAGACGAUCCUGGCGGAGAUAUAUCGGAUCAUCAGUAAGAAGAAUCUCUCCUCGGAUGAGCCCACACCUGCCAGUAUAAAAGAAGGAAAGACAAUUGUUGUCGGUGGGUCAGAAGCUAACACAAAGAAGCCUUGUUGCUCAUCCACAUAGAGGUUAUUUUUAGUUUCUUUAUAACGUCCUGAAUUGUUCUUUUAGCUUUUAAGUAUUGUGGCAUUAUCACUAUCUAUCAGUGUUGUAUGGAUGCUUGUGUUGUAUGAGUUAUUCUUGUGUUUUACUUUGGAUUUUGGUGUAUUUGCUUUAUUUUCUCAGCAAUAGGUGGAGGAAAUCAGAUUUUCCCAAAUUUGCAGGAAAAAAAUGGUAGGUUAUCUGUAAACUGAUUUUGAAUUGUGAGAUUCAAUGUUGAAUAACUGAAUUCAAUUUU